GCUUUAAAUGAAAACAACAGCCUGAAUGUUACUUGGACAUAAUUUGAUUGAAGUCUAAAAUCUUUACUUGAUGAGUCCCUGAAAACGUUCAACAACAGCAGCAAAAACACAGUUAAAACAAAUAAAUAAUCCACAGGUUAGCAAAAGGGGAUGAGAGUAAGUCUUGCCUGACAAACCAAACUCGGGGCAGGAAAUUCCACCAAUGAACGUGGCUAGCUAAGCUGUGAGCUAGCUAAUGUAACUGUCAACCAGGGGAGCCGUAAAACUUAUCGGGACGACAUGCUGUGAAUAAUCGGCGUCCUCCAGCUGAAGCAACAAUGCUGAGAUCUGCUGUCAAGGUGCUUCCACGGCGGAGCUGGAGUGGAGGAUACACCUGGUGCUCGUGCAGAUGCAUUUCUGUCAAACCAGGAGGUUUGAAGCUAAAAACGGUUCCACCGCGCUACCUUGGUCAGCCCAGUCCUUUCACUCACCCUCAUCUCAUCAAACAUGGUGAGGUGACCCCAGGCAUAAGUCAGACCGAGUACGAGCUCCGUAGGCACAAGUUGGCUUCUUUGAUCGAGGCUCAAGCAGAAAGGCUGGGGCCGUCCGCCGCCUCUAGCAACCACGUGGUCAUCGUCUUGUCCCAUCCGACACGCUACAUGACCAAUGACAUCCCAUACCCCUUCCACCAGAAUCAGGAUUUCCUCUACCUCAGUGGGUUCUUAGAACCUGACAGUGCCUUGGUUCUUUAUGGAAGGGGUCGACCAGACCAGGCCAUAUUGUUUGUCCCUCGCAGAGAUCCAGGGAGGGAACUGUGGGAUGGACCUCGGUCAGGAAAGGACGGGGCUGCCGCUUUGACUGGGAUAGAGAGGGUUCAUAGCACAGAGGAACUGGGUCUUCUAUUAAAGAGCCUUAAAGGCACUCAGCUGUGGUACGACUGUUCUCAGCCUUCCCACCCUCUGCUCCACAAGACCCACGUGCUCCCUGUGCUCGAAGCAGGCCUGACCCCACGCUCCAUCAGACCCCUUGUGCACUCUCUCAGGGCUCUCAAAAGCUCAGCAGAGGUGGCGCUAAUGCAGGAAGCAGGUCGGAUCUCAUCACAGGCGUUUAGGAGGACGAUGGCUCUGUCUCAGGGAGAUGUGGACGAAGCUGUGCUGUUUGCGAAGUUUGACUUUGAGAAUCGGAUCCAUGGUGCCAACUUCCUGGCCUACCCCCCCGUGGUUGCUGGAGGGAAUCGAGCUAACACUCUGCACUACAUAAAUAACAACCAGAUCAUCAAGGACGGUGAAAUGGUCCUGCUUGAUGGUGGUUGUGAGUAUUUUGGUUACGUCAGUGACAUUACUCGGACGUGGCCUGUUAACGGAAGAUUCAGUCCUGCUCAGGCUGAGUUGUACGAGGCCGUCCUGGAGGUUCAGCGCUCCUGUGUGUCGCUGUGCUCCCCGGGGGUCAGUCUGGAUCACAUCUACAGUACCAUGCUGGCUCUGUUGGGACGGCAGCUCAAGCGGCUCGGCGUUCUCAAGGCCGGAACCAGCGAUGCUGAUGCACUGAAGGCUGCAAGGCGUUACUGCCCCCACCAUGUUGGCCAUUACCUGGGUAUGGAUGUUCACGACACUCCUGAAUUAUCCCGCUCGCAACCUCUUCAGCCAGGAAUGGCCAUCACCAUAGAACCAGGAUUAUACAUCUGUGAGGACAACGAUCAGGCGCCAGAGCAUUUCCGUGGACUCGGCGUCAGGAUUGAGGAUGACGUGGUGAUCCGAGACAAGGGAGGACCCCUGAUUCUCUCCUGCGACACGCCAAAGACCAUCGCUGAUGUGGAGAAGGCCUGUGCCAUGAGAUAACACAGGGAGGAAAGAUAAGAGGCCAUAUGAGCCAGAUCAUUGAAGGCUGCAGUACUUUUUAGUCGUUGCCAAGGUGAUUUGUCAUCAAGCUCAGAGCCCAGGUGCAUGAAAGGUGGAAGCACGCUGCAAGACUUUUAGUCUAAACAAGCCUGCAACUGUUUGGUCUUAAAGAUCAUAGACUUUACUGACCAUUAUAGUCUCUUCAUUAAACUGGAUCGUUGUGAACUAAAUGCACAAGAACAUCAACAAAUUUCGAGCCAAACAAGAAAAAAAAAUGGCUCCAAGGAUGUUUGAGAAGGUCUUGUGCUUGGUAAAGGCAGAUUCAGUCCAAUGGUGCUGUCAGUGAGCCAAAUCUGAAGCUCAACAUCAAAGGAAAACAAAAAAUCCAGUUAUUCAAUUUAACUGUGACAAAAGUGUUUUUAUUACUCUGAAUCUGUUUUCUCCACAUCUUGUACUUUUCAGUUACCACCGUCAUGGCGUUGUUUGGUGUCUUCUAAAGAAAAUUCACACCAAAGCUGAUAUUUUUUCCCUCUGUUUCCUCUUCAAAAUGCAGAAAGUGAAAUCAGUGUACUGUUGCAUUUAAAUGUGGUAUUAUGCGAUCACCAUGUUGAUGCAGGGAAAGAGGAACAUGUCCAAAAUGGCAACUCAAGAUCAACAUAGAAGGAUAUUAACUUAAGUUUUUUUUAAAUAUAUCUGAAUUUAAAUGGAGUUUGAGAUGUUGUGUAUGUGUGGUUGAAUUCUGCUUAAGCUACCAACAAAUGUGAUUUCUGUUAAAGAAAACUGUGUUUAUGUUUAUUAAAACGACCCAAAAUCUUAUUUCAUAACUACUAAGUGUGAAUGCUUUAUGUCAGGUUAUUUAUAAGAGAAAAUAUAUUGUUGAAACAUUCACAAUAACGCUGCUUAUCUUCUCUCUGUUUAACGGGAUGGAUUCAUUUUCCCUCUGUUACAACUUUGAAAUAGAGACUCUAGGGUUGUUUUUGUCACAGUACAUUUCAUUCAUUAUUUUAGCCACUACAGUCAUUUCCCCUGGAUUUUAAAGCUUUUAAUGCCUGACCCAGGAAAUAAAAAGAAAACUCUU